GCUUCCAGAAGCAGCAUGAAGGCCGUGUCGGGGCCUGGGGCCGGUACCGGGGCCGGUACCGGUAACGGGGCCUGUACCGGGGCCGGGUCCGUGUUGUUGUCCGUCAGCAGCAGCCUCACUGCCCGCAGGGCUCCCAAGCGGUACAGCACCGGGAUCACUGUGGCCGAGCUCAAGUGCAAGCUGGAGCUGGUGGUGGGCAGCCCUGCCUCCUGCAUGGAGCUGGAGCUCUAUGGCACCGACGAUGAGCUCCUGGGGCGGCUGGACUGCGAUGAGGCCCUACUGGGAUCCUAUGAGCUGUGGGAUGGAUGCAGGGUGCACGUUAUUGACCGCAGCGGCGCUCGCAUUGGGGAGUAUGAGGACGUGUCCCAGGUGGAGAAGUAUGAGAUGACAGAGAGUGACUAUGACAAGAGACCAGAGUCCGUGCGCAGCUUCCUCCGUCAGCGGCAGUGGGGCAGGUUCGAUGCUGAGGCCGCUGAGCGCCGGGAGCAGCAGCUGCGGCAGCGCCGGGAGCAGGAGGCAGCUCUGGCAGCGGCUCUGCCGGUGGGGACCCGGUGCCUGGUGCGGGUACCGGGACAGCCAAGCAGGAGGGGGACAGUCAUGUAUGUGGGACAAACUGACUUCAAGCCAGGCCACUGGGUGGGGGUGCGCUACGAUGAGCCCCUGGGCAAGCACGAUGGCAGUGUCGGUUCCCGACGUUACUUCGAGUGUCCCCCCAAAUACGGAGCCUUCGUCAAGCCCCAAAGUGUCACCCCCGGAGACUUCCCGGAGGAGGAGCUGGGCCUGGAGGAGGAGGAGCUUUGAGGGCGGAGCCUCCCCAAGCCCCGCCC